AUGGCGACGGCGGCCCAGGGCGCGCUGGGAGUGAUGGACGGCAGCGGCAGCUCCGUGAGCAGCUCCGUGAGCAGCUCCGUCAGUUCGGCCACGCCGGAGGCCCUGGAGGCUGUGGCCGCGGAGUGGAUGCUGGAGUUCGCCUGCUCCUGCCUGUGCCGGCACUUCGCGGAGCAGAGCGGGGCUGAGUUCUGGCGGUGGAGGGACGUUGCGCAGGUUCUUAUUAAUGGCCUCUCCCAAAUACCUCCACAUCAGAAAAAAACAGUCUAUCUCUGUCAGCUUUUGAUAAGAAUUGCACAAGGAAAAAGCCUAGGAUUACAGUUUGAAAAUGAUAAAAGAAUUUCACCUUUGGAAUCUGCUCUGUCUUUCUGGACUUUACUUGAAAGGGAAGAAAUUAAACUGGAAAAACUUCAUGAAGAAAUUCGUCGCUUGAUUCAAAUUCAGAUUGUUGCAGUCCAUAUGGAAAACAGGUAUUUCAGGGAAGCUGCUGAAGUUCUUGAAAGGCUGUUCACAGACUCUGAAUCAGAUAAGCCUUUAAGGGUGAAGCUGGCAACCAUAAUUAAAACCAAGGAUCCAUAUGUUCCUCUUCUCCAAAGCUUCAGUUACAGUCUUUUGAUAAGUAAAAUCAAGUCUUACAUUAAACUUUUCAUGAAAGAAAAUGAAACUAACUUCUUAAUGCAGGAAGCCACAAAACAUGUGGUGUCUAAAGGAUUGGGAGCAACAGCAUUGCAGAACAGAUCUGUGAAAGUCAAUGAAAAUGGCAGAAGUGAUUUGGAAACAAAACAUAGGUUGGUGAAAGAGAAACAGUAUAUCACAAAUAAGUCAUCUGGAGUCAUAACAAAACCCAUAGCAAGGAAAUGUUCAGGACAGAAGCCCAAAGAGAGCAGAGUUCUUCAGAGUCUUACCAACAUUCAAAAUGUGGGACAAAACGAAGUUUCUUUGGCAUGUAGCCGAAGAAGACAGAAAUGGACUCCGAAAGAAGACCUGGAGCUGAAACUGGGAGUAAAGGAGUUUGGAGUGGGUAACUGGGCUAAAAUUUUAGCCCAUGGUGACUUCGACAACCGAACAAGUGUCAUGUUGAAAGACCGGUGGAGAACAUUGAGCAAGAUCAAACAAAGUUGAUUUGGACUACAGGAACCAACUCUUCUUGACCUUUCCCUACAUAAGGACCUACUCUAGCUUUUCAGAAUAACAUCUUAUUUUAGUGUCAGUGUGUCCAGCAGUGCUGCUGACAUAAAACAUGAAACAGAAUAGUAAUACGUGUAAAACAUUUGUGUAAGCUCACCUACUCUGGUAAUGAUGACUUAAAUGUAAAUUCUGGCCUUUUUUGCUACAUGCAAUAACAGAUAACCUAGAUUCUGAAAUGUGAAAAUGUUUGUAGUGAUUUAAGAAAUGUCUGUUAUGUAAAUAGGGGUAUUAGAUCUGACUGGCAACAUUUUUAGUUUGAUGGAGGCUAAUAAAAAGUCAAAUGUUCUGUAUUUUUAAAGGGCUGUAUCUCUUUUUAGAUUGACCUUUUCAGAAUUUUACUUCCUGCCAUAUAACCCAUUCUAAUUUGUUUUGCUUCACUUUGAAAUUUAGGUCAGAUUUGACAUUUCUAUAAGUUUUACCAAAAAGUAUGCAUGUAUUAGUAUUGCUAAUUUUCUGAGAUGAUGGUUUGUUGGGGGUUUUUUCUGCAGUUAAAAAGCGUAAAUUCAUAUAAUAACGUAUUUUUAAGUAACAAAGGGACUGGUUAGUCUUUUACACGGAAAGAAACCCUAUUACACUAGCACUUAGCAUUUCUUGGUUAGCUUGUGACACCUACCUUGUCUUGAUCAGUGCCUUCUUCCAGACCAGCAGGAAAGGGAAAGCGCAAAAACACAUGGCCAAAGUGGGGCUCAGUAAUGAGUCUACACUGUCAGUGACAGCAAAGAUACAUUUUAAUGGAGGUCACUAUCAAGGUCUCUGCUGGCCACUGCAACUCUCCUGCUCAUGGGAGACUGGGACAGAUGGAUGAUGGCACUAGCCUCUAUCUCUGGAUUCAGAUCAUUUGGAAGAGAUUUCCACAAUCUCAGAAAACUCAUGCAUUCCACUGUCAUACUGGUGUGAGUCUAGUGACUUGAACUAACAUAAUACAGCAUUCUUUUAAAAGCGAAAUCCCCUGAAUUCAGAUAUUUUCUGUACUUUUUUUUCAUGGCUAAGGUUUUUAUUUUCCAAGAACCUUUUAAGAACAAGCACCUGUCUGAAUUGGUCAUAUUAAAACAAAGCUCUCUGAGCUACUUUUCCCCAUUAAAAAGGAAAACAUAUAGUUAUGAAGUCUGAAACAUUCAGAAAGUAUUAAAAUAAUCUCUGCUUUCUGUUUUGGAGGCUUGCAUUCAUUACAAUAAAAUAGUAAAAUGCAGUUUAAAGGUUUGUUUCACAACACACUUAUUGUGGACAGAACCUCAAGCAGAUCACCUUCCUCAUUCUGGCUAACAGACUCUAUGGCUUCUCCUAGUAAGUCUUUAUGCUGCAUGGAGAGAUGCUGCCUAUCUUAACAGGAUAUUUUCUCCACCUGCAUAGCAGUCUUGCCUGUGCUCAGCUGUUGCAGGUUCUUAUGUUAGUCAUUGUAGAUGAGCAUUUUUAACUAGUAAUAAGUAAUUUUUUUACUCUUAGCCAAGGCCUUAGUCACAAGGUCUUGUCUAAGUUCAUCUGCCAGAGAAGUUACACUGUGUAUUACUGACAUGAAGUUCUGAGGAGACCAAUACCUUAACAAUGCUGUCUGGGUCUAUGUCUUCAUGAAGGCUGAACGUGAAAACUGCAGGGUAGAGGAAGAAUACUUACAAAAUUAUAGUGUAAAAAAUUGUCUAUAUGAUAUGGACAGUAACAAAGUACCUAACCUGAAAUCAGUUUUAGCUUUCAAAAACUUCAUUUUUAUUCUCCCUUGCUCUUAAAUGUUGACAGUAACUAUUCUC